GGAUCCAAUUUCUACUCCUUUAGAAAUAAAUAGAUAAAGAGGUGGAUAGAGUGCAGCUAGCCAUGGGCAAAGAUCAGCAGAUUAUUCCAAAGGAAACCAAAUAUAAAUACAGCUGUGUAGAGAAAGAAAAGAGAAAAAGAUGGAAAGAGAGAACAUACAAGAGAAAGCAAUAGCUGCAAUGGCUGAUUUUUACCAAGGGUUUGAUCCUGAAGCUUACCUGAAGUACAAUUACACACCACCACGAGCGGACUUCAGCCGAAGUGACAGCAUCGUACCAUGGAAGCUAAACUGCCUUCAUAAAGCUUUCAGAGAGGAUGCCAUAAAAGGAGACAUUCUUGUGGAUGUUGGUUCUGGUCCAACUUUAUAUCAGGUGAUGAGCGGAUGUGAGAAUUUUAGUCGAGUCAUAUUAUCUGAUUUUUUGGAAGUGAAUCGGAAUGAAUUAGACAAAUGGCUCAAGGAUGGACAGAGCAACUUUGAUUGGACCCCUUACCUGAAACAUGUGUGUGAGCUGGAAGGACGCAGUUCCUCAGCAUGGCAGGAGAAAGCAGAGAGGCUUCGGUCGGUGGUGACUGACAUUUUUCCUGUAAAUGUUCACCGCCUGUUCCCAUUUCCACCUGGAUCCUUGAAUGCUUCUAGCGCUGACUGCCUUGUGUCCUGUUUCUGCCUUGAAAGUGUGAGCCCUGACAUUUCCUCGUUCACUCAAGCACUACGCAAUCUGUCCAGCCUCCUGCGUAACGGUGGUCACCUUUUGCUCAUUGGAGCUCUGGGGGAGAGCUUUUACAUGGCAGCUCCUGAUGUUCGGAUUCCUGUUGUGCCACUGGAUGAGGCCCAGGUUUGUGCGAGUCUGAAUGCCAGUGGCUUCGAUCUCCUGCAGCUCAGUGUGUAUCGAUUAACAGCAGACAUGCUGGUUGGAGUGGAUGACGUUAAAGGCGUGUUCUUUGCAAAAGCUAGGAAACAAUAAAAUCAUUGUCAGUAUCUUCUUCUUCUUUUGGCUUUUCCCUUCAGGGGUCACCACAGCGAAUCAUCUCUCUCCACCUAUCCCUAUCUUCUGCAUCCUCAACACUUGCACCCACUAGCUUCAUAUCCUCAUUAAUUACAU